UGGCUUCGUACUGCAACGAUUCACAACAGCGCUUUUCCGAGACUUGUAGAUUGUUUAAGCUGAGGUUUAACAAAGGUAGCGAAAGUGUUUAAAGACGAGUAUGCAAACAGCCUAAAUGCUCCCGAGUUGUUAGCCAUGAAAGCCAGCUUAUAAUAAAUUGUUUCAGUCUAAUGUUUUUAAUAUAAGUAAAGUCAAGUCCAAUUAUAAUUUCCUCGUUUCGAAAGGAAUACGACUCUCAGAAGAAAUGGGUUUUCGGAAUCUUGAAAUGUUCACGUUACUCUGUGGUCUGGUGACCUUGGGAACCUCCCAAGUGGAGGUGGAUCGUUUUGUGAGUGGUUGCAGGGGGCAAGGGGUCACCCUGAGAUGCGUCUACACGGGGUCACAGACGCCUGGGAAUAUAACCUGGUGGCAAGUAAACGAAGACUCUUUAAUGAGAAUCGCCAUUGCCCUUCCAAGUGAGUAUAGAAUUUACAAUGACACAGACUUCUAUGGGCGACUGAACUUCACGAACCUCAACUCUACACUGACGGACGGAUCCAUCCGCAUUGAAGACCUGCGACUGAAGGACGAGGGAAACUUCACCUGCGGCUUUGACACUCUUGAUAACGAAACUCAAGCAACAAUCAGCCUGACUGUGAACGGAACCUCCCAAGUGGAGGCGGAUCGGUUUGUGACUAGGAACAGGGGGCAAGAGGUCACCCUGAGAUGCGUCUACACGGGGUCACAGACGCCCUUGAAUAUAACCUGGCAGAAAGUAAACGUUAACUCCUCGGUGGAAAUCGCCAUGGCCUCUCUCAGUGGUUACAACAUUUUCAAUGACACCGACCUCUAUGGGCGACUGAACUUCACGAACCUCGAUUCUUCACUGACGGACGGAUCCAUCCGCAUUGAAGACCUGCAUUUGAGGGACGAGGGAAACUUCACCUGCAGUUUUUCCACUUUUGAUGACGAAGCUCAAGCAACAAUCAGCCUGACUGUGAACGUUCCCCCGAAGGUCUUCCUGGAGUUGAGCCCAUUCCAGUUGGUCGAGGGCAUGGGGCUGGUGACCGUGGCCACGUACGUCGCUCUGGGAGGAAAGCCCGCAGCCUCCAUCACCUGGAGUGGCCUCGAUCAAGGCAGCUCCAACGAGACCACAGAGACGGAGCCCGACGGCACGGUGACGGUGAUGAGUCGCUACUGGCUGGAGCCCACGUACGAGAGCCACGGGAUGAUACUCAUCUGCAGGGUGGAGCACCCGGCCUUGGAGCGUCCUGUGGAGCACUCCAACAUGCUUGACGUUCACUACAAACCCAGAGUGAGCAUCGCCGGCUACCAUGGCGAUUGGUACGUGGGGAAGGAAGGAGCCUCGUUGAGUUGCGAAGCGGACACGAACCCCAGCAUCACGCACUACCUGUGGCGCAGGCAAGACGGCUCCAUGCCCAACGAGAUAGUUGUGAGCGGCAACUCACUGUCCUUUGAGCGGCCGCUAGUGGAGUCAGACUCUGGGUCGUUCUCCUGCUGGGCCAAUAACUCGGUGGGCUGGGGCGAGGCGGUGGUUAUCAUUACCAUUCAGCCAGGUACAACCACCGCUGCUAUAACAACAACUACAGCCACUACGCCUGUGGCAACCCCAACAAUACCAGGUGGUGGUGGUGAAGGUGGCGUUGAGCCCUGGGUUAUAGCUGUUGCCACCGUAGUGCCACUGAUAGCAUUAGUGGCAGCGGUGGGAGCCAUUUACUACUUCUGCUUCCACAAGAACAGGAAACCUCUUAAGCGAAAGGAUGAUGGUGAAAAUGAUCAGCAAAGAGCUCCAGUUGAAAUGCCAGCAUCAGGAUUCAAGCAGCAACACAAAGAGCAUGCGUACGAAUACAUCGACAAGCUGCCACCCGGCAGUGCGGUGUUAGAACGGCCACCCCUUGGCAGUGCCACAGCAAUGCCUGUAUAUGACGCUGUGCCUGAACAACUCUCUUCUUGGAACCCCACGCAACAUCUGGAUGAGAGAAUAAUGAAUUCUACUGAAACGAGGCCACGAAGUGAGAGGCCAGCAGUUACUCCGACGUGCCACGAAAUGACGGGGCCAGUAGUCCUCUACGAGCAUUCAAGUACCAUCAUCCACCUUCAAGAGACAGCUCACGGCUCUCAGCCGUUCAAGCACUCACCCGUCUAG